AGAAGAGAAGCGGUUUACAAAAGCGAAGUUGUAAUGAGAAUGGAAUUUCGCAUUCUCAGCGGACUUGACUGGCGAAUGCGAUCUAUAACUCCCUUUCACUUCCUGGAUCACUAUUAUCCCACCUUCAAAAGAAUCGGGGGUUUUAAACGCCGAUGCAUUAAUGAGAUCAUAGUCCAGUCUCAAGGAGAGGUCUACUUCGCUCAAUUCAAACCUUCUGAGAUUGCAAUGUCCGCUUUACUGGCUGCUACUUACCUUGGAUAUUCCUCAGAAUUUACCUCAAUUGAGAGAUCACUUCGCAUUUCGGAGGAUCUUAAGGCCUGUUAUCAAGAGAUGGUUGAUCUUUGUCGUAAAAGGAGAAUCAACAUACGUAGCACUACUGGAGAAGUUAUCUUUUCUAUUAUUCCCUCCUCAUCGGUAGAAGCUUCAGGAUCACAAGCAGCUGAAUUACAAGUACAAAGACAAAGCGAGAGCUCGACGACCCAGUUUUUGAACAUGGUGUUGGAUAAUGAUGAUGAAGAAGAAGACGACGAAAAUGUAGCACUGUUAAACCGCCGAAAACGGAAUACGAGCGAGGAAGCGGUGGAGGCACCUAAAGAAGUUGCAGAAGGCAAGAGCGAGGCACAGAAACUAGGAGAGGUGAAGCAAAAGGCAACGAGUGUAGCAGGUAUACGUAUAUCUGAAGAGAAAGAAGUAGAAGCUGGGUGUGGAGCAAGACAGGACAAGGGCGAAGAGAAAUCUGAAAAAAUGGUAGAAAGUGGGAGCGGAACAAGAGAUGAGGAGUCCAAGGGGCCAUGUGAAGAAACGGUAGGAGCUGAGAGCAGCGGAGCAGAAGAGGACAGGGGCAAGGCUGUAGAUGAAAUGUCUGAAAGCGAGAAUGAGCUGCGAAAAAGACAGAUAAAAGGCAAGGGCAAGGCUGUAGAGGAGGCACCUAAAGAAGUUGCAGAGGCAAGGAAACAGGGAGAUGUAGCGACAGGAGCAGGUAUACGUAUAUCUGAAGAGAAAGAAGUAGAAAGUGGGAGCGGAACAAGAAAUGACGUGUCGAAAGUGCUAUGUAAAGAAAUAGUAGGAGGUGAGAGCAGCAGAGCAAGAGAGGACAAGGCUAUAGAUGAAAUGUUUGAAAGAAACAGACAGAUAAGAGGCAAGAGCAAGGCUGCACUUGAAAUGUUGAGGUCAAAGACAGGUCUAGAGGAUGCACCAUUCAGGGCAAUGAACUUUAAGGUGAAGUGGCCUGUUAUUGUGCAGCCAGGUGAGAACGUUGACAAUAUAGAUCCGAGCCUAUAUAUAGAUGAAUCCAGCAUUACAACCGCUCGAUCUCCUACAACGAUAAGAGGGAGCGGCAACGUUCUACCUAUAGUUUCCAAUCCUUGUCAGUGCACUAUCUUGUAGAAGACCAACAAAUAAAAAUUCUACACCCAAAUAAAGGGGAAAAAUGCUGUCAAGUAAGUAUAUCUUGACGUACUUCUAAUCCUGGUCUAGAUAACUGUUUGCGGAUUGUGCAAUAUUUUGAUUCUUCUGUAUAGGGCGGCAUUACACAGCAAGUGCUUCCCAGGAUUCCGUUUAAUUCUCCAUAAUUGAUUUUCAAACCAUA